GGUCGAGGUUGAGAGGGAACAACACAAGUCACAAAGUGAAGGAAAAUGGAUGGGCAGGGUAAAGCUAAAGAUAAAGAGGCUGGAGAAUACCAAUGGCCGCCAGGCAACAUAUGCUAAAAGGAAGAAUGGAAUCAUGAAAAAAGCUACUGAGUUAUCUAUACUUUGCGAUAUAGAUAUUAUACUUCUCAUGUUCUCACCAACUGGAAAGCCUUCAUUAUGCAGGGGGAGGCGCAGUAACUUCGAGGAGGUUAUUGCAAAGUUUGCUCAACUAACUCCACAGGAAAGGGCAAAAAGGAAGUUGGAAAGUCUUGAGGCACUAAAGAAAACAUUUAAGAAGUUAGAUCACGAUGUGAAUAUACAAGAAUUUCUGGGUACGAGUAGUCAAACUAUUGAGGACCUUAGUAAUCAAGCUAGGCUAUUACGGACUCAAAUUUCUGAAAUCCAUGAAAGAUUAAGUCAUUGGGCCGAGUUUGAUAAAAUAAGCAGUGUGGAGCAAUUGGGACAGAUGGAAAAUUCACUAAGGGAGUCAAUUAAUGAAAUUCGAACCCGUAAGGAAAAUACAAAAAAGCAACAACUUGUUUCGCUGCAAUGCAAUAACCAGUUCAAUGAAAUGAAUAUUCCCUUCAGAAUGAGUGCAGAGCAGCAUCUGCAACCUCUAGCAUGGAUUGCUAAUGGUGACAGCCAAAAUAUAGUUUUACCUGAGGACUCAAACAUAUUUCUCCACAAAGAUGUAGAGGGAUCAGCAAGUUCAUCUUUUGGGAGUUACGCUAGUUAUCUUGGCUCAAGUAGCAAAACCGAUAUUUCUAACUCCGGGCAAGAAAAUGGUGUCCUUAGUGACUUGAGCAGUACUGCUCCUAUGAGACUUCAAUUCAACGGGCAGUUUCCAUACAUGCCAUACAAUUUUAACUUAAUGAAUAAUUUGAAGUUCCAACCAGCUGCAGAGAUCAACCCACAUGAAAACCCUGUAGAUUAUCAUAUUAAUGGAAGCUUUGAAGCCCCUAGGCCGGGUUAUGACUCUAACCACCAUGGAUGGGCUUCCACAUCAGGACCUUGUGCUGUUACUAUGUUUGAUGAGCAUUUGUAUGCCCAGCAGCCAAACUAGUUCACUAUGGUUUUCGCCAUCCAUCUACUAAUGAGGUUGCUAGAGAACUUCAGUCACACUUGAGAAACUUAACAUUCUCGGUGAAUUUUACCACAGUGGAUGUGUUUUAUAUGCAAAUAUAGGAAGUAACCAGCCAAUUUUUUAUGUGACUUCAGUACAGCAGCUAAGCCUCCCUUGAUGCCGUUCAUUCACUGAUUGAGCUGAGUUAAGGAUGAGGCAGAGGAAUGUUACAUUAGAUCUUCUUAAUAAUUACCAUUAAUAGGUUCUUUGGGGUUGUUUCUGCUUCCACCUUGUCUCGGGUGUGAAGGUUACCGCCAGAAAGCAUGCUACAUUUCUUCUUCCUUACAUGGUUUAUAGUUGUAU